CUUUUUUCCAUGAAUGCCGGCGACGCCUCUCCGCCGCCGCCGCCGUUCCUUGACAGGGCGCCCACUGCGCCGCGUGGAUUGCAGCCGCGCGUCGGCAUAUCCAGAAGGAUGCGAUCUAUACAGCAGGUCUGCUAUACAGGCGUCUUCGAUACACCUAGACCGGCCCUACACCACCCCUGGCCGGGUCCAUCCUGGGCCCAAGAUCUGGUGUAUACGCCCUCCCGGCUUGGCCAAUUCCCGCGGUCCCCGCAGGCUCGGCCCGAGUGCUCGGGCAGCCCCAGAGGCGCGCUGCCACGGCGAAAGCCCGCGGCGGGACGGAACGGAACGGAACACUUUCGAUCCUGAGCAUUGGUACCAGCUUGGCAGCUCGACUACCCUGCUUCAGAAAACAUGGAAGAAUCUUCGAAUAGCUCAGGGCGCCUGCGACGGCGAAGGAGGAGGAGGAGGAGAAGGAGGACGAAGAGAGGCGGAACACGAUGACGGUGAGAGAGCUGAGGAGAAGGAGGACGCUCAAUGGGCCACGGCGGUGCAAGAGGCGGUCCCGCGCAGCGCCAUGCUGCCCGCACGUCGCCUCGCAGCCGUGGCUGUCGCGGCGCUCGUCCAGGCAAAGUGUGGAGAGGCGGAGGAGGAGGCGGAGCAUGAGGAGGAGGACGAGGGGGAGAGAAGGAGGAGGAGAGAGGAGGAGGACGCUCAAGAGGCCACGGCGGUGCAAGAGGCGGUCCCGGGGAGCGCCAGGCUGCCCGCACGUCGCCUCGCGGCCGCGGCCGUCGCGAUCGAGGAGGAACUGGAAAAGGAGCUAGCGACCGAUGCGCUGGCCCAGGCAUGCGUGGACAGGCGGAGGAGGGAUAGGGAGGAGGAGGAACACGAAUGCAAGGAGGAGGGGGGAGGUGAAACCAUGGGCCACUGCUUCCUUGCCGGAGCGGCAUGACCAAGCGCGCCGACCGCCCCGCCACGCCCUACCUGCCCGUUGGGCAGCGAGUGUGGGGCGGGCGCACAUGGCGUAGGCCUGCGCUUGGCCACUGCGCCGCAGCGGGCCGCCUCCAGCUCGGCACGCGGUGCGGCCCCGCGCGCCAGCACUGGGCGCGGCGCUUCGGGACACACCGCCUGGCAAACGGGGCCUCCAUGGCAGUGGCGGUGCUCGCCGUGGCGAUCAGUCAGCUGCUGUGGGGUUUGGGCUCAGUAGCUCGCGAUGUGAAAGAGAAAUGCAGGCACUACGAGCAGGUACAGCGGCCUGGGCCCAAGGGAGAAUCUGCGGGCAUCACGAGACUGCGCGCGUGAUGCAUGUCAGCUCUAGGUGAUACUUUGACGCGUGCUGGGCUUGCAGGGUAAUCUUCCCCCUCUGCGCUGGGCCCUCGUCCA